UAAAUAGUGCAUGUGAAAAGGUUCUUAUAUUUCUUUUUCAGUUUUAUACAUGAUGAGUAAAAAAGUAAAAUAUGUGAACGAGGUGAUAUAAGAACCUUUUAUUAUAAUCUGAACUAUUAUCCGCACGCGAUUCAGGUUAUAAUGAACAAAAACUAAAAAUACUGAUUUAACAAAAAUUCGUUUUUGUGACUUGAUGAUGCUUUUGUCCUCAAUGGUGAUCACAACACAAAAUUUAAAAUAAAUAUUUUCUAAUUCUAUUCAGUUUAUUCAUUGUCGAGUUCAUGUUCUUCAGUUAUGCUUAUUAUCAGCAUGUAAAGAUCUUCCUGAAGUAUCAGCAAAUCUAUCUACGUUAAAAUCGUUGAUAAAUUUUAUAAACCGCUCUUCCAUAAGAUCAGCAAGACUGUUGGAUAUACAACUGGUAUUAAAACAGCCACAAUUAAAAUUAAUUAUACCAAAUAAUACGCGUUGGUUAUCAUUCUCUAGAGCUGUUACAGCAGCAGUACGGUGUUAUGAGCCUCUGUUAAUCCCUCGUGAACAUGUUCCAAAUGAACGAGGGGAAAACAGUCCCGACGCUCUUGAUUUAUUAACAGUUUUACAAGAUAAACAAACUACAUUGAUUUCAAAUAUUCUGGAACCAAUUUUAGAAACGCUUUCAAUAUUAUCUAAAUUCGAACCGAAAAUUCAGCCCGACAUUCUGAAUGGACAAGGAUUUCAAGAGAGUCGCAAUCCCAGGCAGCUACAGCAAGCUACACUGAUGGAUUGGUGGCCUCAAGAUUUCCGUGAUCAGGAGGUUUCAUUUGAAAAUGGUUAUGGUCAAAAUAAUCAUAAUCGAGGCUAUCAAAAUCAUUUUCAAGGGCAAGCCCGACAGUGGCAGAACUCGCGACAGAGUCAAGAUAAAGCGUUUCGAUAUCGAAAUUCAAAUCAGAAUCGGUUCGGCGGAUAUAAGUAUGGCCCGUUCCGAUAUAACUAUAGACAAAGCAGAGCCGGAGGCCAGAGUAAUGGCCCGUGA